UUCCAGUUCUUCUAUCUUCAUCAUAAUCGAAAACCAAAUGGCUGUUUUUGCACAAAAAAUGCACACUAUCACAACAAUUUUCCUUCUCUUGCUAAUGGCUUCAUUGUCAACAGCAUUGCUGGAUGCUCAUUAUUAUGAUAAAACAUGUCCACAGGCUGAGAAGAUCAUUUUAGGGACAGUUUAUAACGCAUCCAUGCAUGACCCUAAAGUUCCAGCUCGUAUCCUAAGAAUGUUCUUCCAUGACUGUUUCAUAAGGGGAUGUGAUGCCUCGGUGUUGCUGGACUCAACUCCAGGGAACCAAGCAGAGAAAGACGGACCUCCAAAUAUUUCAGUUCGAUCAUUCUACGUGAUAGAUGAUGCCAAAACUAAACUUGAAAUGGCAUGUCCACAUACAGUUUCUUGUGCUGAUAUAAUUACAAUUGCAGCAAGAGAUGUUGUAACCAUGUCUGGAGGGCCUCGUUGGAAUGUGCUGAAAGGAAGGAAAGAUGGAAGGAUAUCAAAAGCUGCAGAAACCAUCAACUUACCAGCUCCAACCUUCAAUGUAACCCAGCUCAUUCAAAGCUUUGCCAAGAGAGGUUUAGGAGCCAAAGAUUUGGUUGCUCUAUCAGGAGGUCACACCCUUGGCUUUUCACAUUGUUCUUCUUUUGAAGCUAGGCUACAUAACUUUAGUUCAGCACAUGACGUUGACCCCAGUAUGAAUAAUGAGUUUUCACAAAAGCUACGAAAGAAAUGCCCAAAACCAAACAAGGAUCACAAUGCUGGGGAGUUCCUGGACUCGACCUCGUCAACUUUUGAUAAUGACUAUUAUAGGAGACUGAUGGCAGGAAAGGGUGUUUUUGGAUCGGAUCAAGCACUAGUUGGUGACUACAGGACUAGGUGGAUUGUUGAAGCAUUUGCUAAGGAUCAAAGUUUGUUCUUUAAGGAGUUCGUGGCUUCGAUGGUGAAGUUAGGGAAUGUGGGGGUUAUUGAAAAUGGUGAAGUUAGACUGAAAUGCAGAGUGGUGAAUUGAAAGAGAGCAAAGCCGACCCAAAUUUAUUAUUUUGUUUCCGGUUUAUAUGAUAAUGUAAACACUUAUUGUGUUA